UGUUGUUGUUCCAAUCACUGCCGGUGACAGUAUUGUAUGGUUUUAAAAUAAUAAUAUAGAAGGGCCUGUCCCAUACAGUUUUAUACCUCUUCUAUGAAUUGCUUUCUCCUAAAUUAUAAAAGUAGCUCACAAUAGGCUUCCUCAGUUUUUUCUUUUAUGACCAUGAAAACUAUGCAUUUUAAAGUUAUUAGAUUUUUACUGGUUCUUUUUGUAAUUGUGUGUGCUGUUGCUGGAGAUGAAGACUCAGCUGAACAAACUCAAACAGAAACAGUUGAUGAUGGUGAAGAUGGAAAGCUGCGAUAUGAAGACUCUGUGUUGGUGUUAAAUGAGGACAACUUUGAUGAAGUUAUUCAAGACAAUCCUGUGGUUCUAGUGGAGUUUUAUGCACCCUGGUGUGGCCACUGUAAACAGCUGACACCUGAAUAUGCUGCUGCUGCUAAGGAACUAGCAAAGGCUGAUCCUCCUGUUUUACUGGGCAAAGUAGACGCCACUGUCCAUAGCAAAUUGGCUGAAAGAUUUGAGGUUCAAGGGUACCCAACACUCAAAUUUUUUAGGGAUGGAAAAGAAUACUCUUACGAGGGGCCACGAGUUAAAGAUGGCAUUGUGAGCUACAUGACAGAAAGGGCAGCUCGUGACUGGGUGCCAGAGCCUGAUGCUGUGGUCACUCUCACUACUGCUGAGUUUGAUGAAUACAUCAACAAUCAAGACCUUAUGCUGGUAGAAUUCUAUGCUCCAUGGUGUGGUCAUUGUAAAAGGUUGGCACCAACUUAUGAAAAGGCAGCUAAGACUUUGCAGAAGGAAGUGCCACCAAUAGUGCUAGCCAAAGUGGAUGCCACAAAAGAAACAGAUUUGGCCACAAAAUACGAGAUAAGUGGCUACCCAACUCUUAAAGUUUUCCGCAAGGGAAGAGCUACUGACUACAAGGGGAAAUAUGAUACUGAAUAUGAUAUUGUUACCCACAUGAAAAACCAGGUUGGAGAUGGAGCAAAACAGCUGGAUAGCCUGAAAGCUGUCAAGGAAUUUUUUUCUGUCGAAGAUGUCACUGUCAUAGGGUUCUUUGAUUCCAAGGAUAAUUCCCUUGUGCAACCAUACAAAGAUGUCUCUGAUGAACUGAGAGAGGACUACACAUUUGGUAUAACUUAUAAAGCUGACGCACGGGAACACUUUAAAGUCAAGCCUAAUUCUGUGGUGGUCUUUAAUGCUGAGAGGUUUUAUACUAAAUAUGAACCCAAGUGGUACACCUUAGAGAUCAAGCCUGAGACCACAGUGAAAGAUGUGAAGGAGUUCAUCAACCAGCACAGUUUGCCUCUGGUUGGCCACUACUAUGGGGCCCAGUUAAGUCGCUACACCAGCAAGAGACCCUUGUGUUUGGUCUUUUACUCUGUGGACUUCAGCUUUGAUCAUAGAGCAGCCACCCAGCUAUGGAGGAACAAGAUUGCCGCUGUAGCCAAGAAGUUCCCUGACAUCACAUUUGCUGUGGCAGAUGAUGAGCAGAAUGCUAAAGAAAUGGAGGAGCUAGGGCUGGGGGACUCUGGGGAGGAGCUGAACGUGGGUCUGUACGGGGCGGACAACAAGAAGUACUUCAUGCCGCCCUUUGAGGAGUACGACAGUGAUGAACUCAUUGAGUUUUUGAACAAUUAUAAGAAAGGCAAGCUCAAGCCAUUUAAAAAGUCCCAGAGGGCACCUAAGAAGAACACAGGACCAGUAACUGUUGUAGUGGCGGACAACUUUGAGCAGAUAGUCCUGGACCCCAAGAAGGACGUGCUGAUUGAGAUGUACGCCCCCUGGUGUGGCCACUGCAAAAAGCUGGAACCCAUCUAUGCUGAGCUGGCCACCAAGCUCAAGCAUGAGAAAAAUCUGGUCAUUGCCAAGAUUGACGCCACAGCUAACGACCUACCAGAUAACUACAGCGCGUCUGGUUACCCCACCAUCUACUUUGCUCCAUCUAAUAACAAAAAUUCUCCCAUCAAAUAUGAAGGAGAGAGAGAUCUUAAAGGCUUUGAAUCUUUUCUAAAAUCCAAGUCCACAGUAGCUUUUGGAAAAGUGAAAGAAGAGUUGUAAUCUGAUUGCUGCUAGGUUUUGUUUCAAUACAAUUUGUUAUUUUAGCUUUAAUGUAUCAUCCCCUAGCUGCAAAUGGUUUCAUUUUGGCAUGACUGUUGUAUACAUCAUUGAUCUCCAUAUGUGUAUGUUUAUAUCUUGCUUGUAUUUGAUUGUCACAUUAUUGGCCAGUGUGUUACAUCUCAGCAUUCCAGCUGCUGUAGGGCUUGUCUACCACCAUUGGAUUAGGAACACACUACAUUGGAUUUGAGUUGCAUUGAAUAUUGUGUUUAGAUGCCACUACCAUCCUGCAUUGUAUUAGCAUUACUACCAUCCAACAUUGGAUUUGAAUGCCACUACCAUCCAACAUUGUGUUAGCAUUACUACUUCCUACAUUAUACAAGUGUUUCUGCCAUCCUACAUUGUAUUUUGAAUGCCACUACCAUCCAACAUUGUAUUUGAAUACAAUCUAUCUCCUACAAAGUAUGAGAGCUGAUGUGUUAUGUGCCUUAGGCCUGGCUGAUCAUCCCUUCCUUCCUGUCACAACUGUGUACAUGUGAUUGCGGCUCUAGGCAACAGCUGGUUCCUACAUCUUGUUUCAUAUGUUCAAUAAAGGAGGGUUCAAGUU